AUGUGCACUACGGUGAUUAGUGAUUACUGCUCACUAAUCACUCACCAGACAAUAUUUUGCAGUGAUAAGUGAUUGGAAAUAACCUUCAAAGUAGUAAUAAUUUGAGUCUGAUAGAAAUUGUUUCGAUAAAAAUCGCGUAAUUUUUAAAAAUGACUACAAUAACUGUAGCAAAUGAACAAGAUAUAAUCAAGAAGUUAUCUUCUUACAUAGAAAAAAUUUCUAACGAUGCUAUUCACAAUCGCGGAAAAUUUUAUAUAGGUUUAUCAGGUGGAUCCGUUGUUAAGUAUUUAAUCGAAGGACUACCAAAAGUUGAUACAGACUGGUCUAAAUGGGUGCUAGCAUUCUGUGAUGAAAGAAUUGUGCCAGAAGAUAGUGAGGAUUCUACAUUUGGAGUAUAUAGCAGACAACUAAUACCAAAGACAUUGCUGGAUAAAAAACAAUUUAUUACUAUUAAACAAGGUGUUAGUGCUAAAGAAGCCGCAAGAGAUUAUACUGAAAAGUUAACAGAUGCAUUUGGAGGUGAUGAAUUUAAAUUUGAUCUUCUACUACUUGGCAUGGGCCCAGAUGGUCACACAUGUUCAUUAUUCCCUAACCAUCCUUUAUUAGAAGAAAGUAGUCUGAAAGUUGCAGCAAUAACUGAUUCUCCAAAACCUCCACCUGAAAGGAUUACUCUGACUUACCCCAUCAUAAACAAUGCUAGAAAUUGCAUAUUUGCUGCUAGUGGAGGUGGAAAAGCAGAAAUGAUCAAGAAAAUUCUUAAAGAUAAAGAUGACCUACCUGCUGCAAGAGUAAAACCAAUCCAUGGUUCUGUAUAUUGGAUAGUUGAUGCAGAUGCGGCAAAAUAUUUAUAACUAUAAAAGAUUAGUACUAUAUAUAAUUUUGGAACUGGAAUUCACAUCUUUAAAUUUUAAAAAGACAUAUGGAAUAUGGACCGCAAUGCCUGAUUAAGGGAACUGAAAUGACUAAAUGGAUUUUUUAAACUGACUAGUAAAUGCAUAGGGCCAUUUUGGAUUGAAUUUUUAAAUGUAUGCAUCAUAGCAUAUUUUUUUACAUUACUUUAUUUUAAAUCUCAAUAUGUGAUAAUUGUGAUAUAUCGGGCAAAGUAUAACUACGGAAAUGCUUAAAGCACAAUAGUGUUAAGGGAAAUAUUUUUUUAUUGUACUUUACUGUUAUUAAAUUUAUUGCAUUAUUAAGUUUUAUU